AGGCACCGAUCAAGAUGGACAAGCUUCUCCUCCAUGGACGGCGCUCCUCUACGCUGAAGACAUCCAUGGCGCUGAUUUCGCUUGGCAAUACUCUCAGAAACAGCUACUCUACCGAGAGUAAGGAGGAACACUCACUAGGAAUCGGGCAGAAGGCAAGAUCAACAGCUGAAGAGUUUAGCCGGCAAGCCAAAGAAAAGGCUGAAAAAAUCAGUGAGACUACCAAGGAGGCCUGGGAGGAUGCCAAGGAAGCAGUGGUGGGAGAGACGCAGCAAGAGAAGGAGAAGCUCAAAGAAAAAGUUGAGAAGGGAAAUUAUGAUAAGAUAGGCCGCGAGUAAUAAUAUUCCCAAUUCCAUCAGUAAAUGAAACAAAUGUUCAUGUAAAAAAACCAGCGAGAUUGUGUGAUAGAAACAAAUGUUCUGGAGUGUUUCUUGAAUAAUUUCUGGGGAGGUUGCCUUCUAGCUUCCAUGUAAAACCAAUAACAAUGAA